AUGGCGAAAGACAGUGAGGACACGGACAUCUUACGUCAGAAGAUGGGACUAAAAAUGCAGGAUGUGGACAAAACUCCUGUUCCAGAGGGGUCUCCUAGACCAGGAGGAUCCCAGGGGGUUGUGCGACGCAGCACCAGAACCACCAGGGACCAACAGUCCAUGAUCUACGACUGCCUCAUCACUAAUACUGCUGAGGCGGUCCUCCACAAGAUUGAUGACAUGAAGAUGUGCCGCCACUUGAAAAACUCAAAACAAUCAAGGAUGUAUUCUAAAGCCCAGCGAAAGAAGACUAUCGACUCUCCAACGGUAAAAACUGUUUCCAAACAAGAAGCUGAAGAGUACUCUGAUGACGGUGACGACGAUGAUGACGACGAUGAUGAGGAUGAUGAAAACGACGAUAACAGCAAGCGCUAUGAACCUCGACAGAAAAACGCGGUGGUUCGCUACCAUGCGCCACUGGAUGAAUCCAGGAAACAGCCGUUUUUCGACCGUCAGGCAUCUUCCACUAGAGGGAGCUACCGCAUCAGUGCCUCAGUGCCCAGGAGUGCCCAUACCACCAGCCGAAGGAGUGGCAGGAGAAGGCAUGCUUGGCACACCCGGGAAGCCAGCUCCUCUGAUGAGGACGACUCCUCUGACGAGGAAGACGCAGAGCAAGAAGCCAAGAACAGGUCAGUUAACAUGUGUCUGCCUCUGAAUUUGCGCAAAGAGGACAUUUUGGGAAUCCAUAAGGACAGAAUGAAGAUGGGUGCGAGCCUGGCGGAUGUCGACCCCAUGGCGAUUGACCAGUCGGUGCGCUUUGACAGCGUUGGCGGUCUGACAAGCCACAUCUCCGCCCUGAAAGAGAUGGUAGUCUUCCCUCUGCUCUACCCAGAGGUGUUUGAGAAAUUCAAGAUCCAGCCCCCAAGGGGCUGCCUGUUCUAUGGUCCCCCGGGUACGGGGAAGACCCUGGUGGCCAGAGCGCUGGCCAACGAGUGCAGCCAGGGGGACAGGAAGGUGGCCUUCUUCAUGAGGAAGGGGGCCGACUGCUUGAGCAAGUGGGUGGGCGAGUCGGAACGCCAGCUAAGGCUGCUCUUUGACCAAGCCUACCAGAUGCGGCCAGCCAUUAUCUUCUUUGAUGAAAUUGAUGGGCUGGCUCCGGUGCGCUCCAGUCGCCAAGACCAGAUACACAGUUCCAUCGUGUCCACCCUGCUGGCCCUGAUGGAUGGCCUGGAUAGCCGAGGAGAGGUGGUGGUGAUUGGAGCCACCAACCGACUGGACUCCAUCGACCCCGCCCUUAGACGCCCCGGACGCUUCGACAGGGAGUUCCUCUUUGGCCUCCCUGAUCGCGAGUCCCGGAAAGAUAUCCUAAAGAUUCACACCAGACAGUGGAAUCCUACACCCUCCGAUCCUUUCCUGGAAGAGUUGGCUGAUAAAUGUGUCGGCUACUGCGGCGCCGACAUCAAGGCGGUGUGCGCCGAGGCGGCCCUCUGCGCGCUGCGCCGCCGUUACCCCCAGAUCUACAGCACGUCCCAGAAGCUCCUGCUGGAUGUGGGCUCCAUCAACAUCAACAGUCGGGACUUUGUGGCCGCCGUGAGGAAGAUGGUGCCAGCCUCCCAGAGGGCCGUGUCGUCCCCUGCCAAGGCCCUGACCCCUGUGGUCACGCCCCUGCUGGGCAACGAACUCACCAACGUGCUGGACGCACUGCAGAAGGUCUUCCCCCACGCCGAGCAGGGCCUCAAGAGGAAGAGGGACACAGAUCUGACAGCCAGCAUUCUGGAGGAUGACCUCAUGUACAGUGGGGAUGAGGGCCCCUCAUCCAAUAAUUCCAUCACCAAACAGACCACCACCAAAGGGAGCUUCCUCCAUUUUGCCAGGAGUGCGACCUGCCACCCCACCACCUACCGGCCCAGGCUGCUGCUGGCUGGGCGUCCCGGGGCGGGUCAGAGUUCCCACCUGGCCCCCGCCGUGCUCCACGCCCUGGAGAAGUUCACCGUCUACACCCUGGACAUGGCCGUGCUGUUUGGAGUCAGCUGCACCUCCCCCGAGGAGGCCUGUGCUCAGGUGUUCUGCGAGGCCAAGCGGACCUCCCCCAGCAUCCUGUACAUCCCCCACAUCCAGCAGUGGUGGGACACGGUGGGCCUGGCCCUCAAGGCCACCUUCCUCAGCCUGUUGCAGGACAUCCCCUCCUUCUCCCCCAUCAUGCUGCUGGCCACCAGCAACGUGGCUCACCACGACUUGGCCGACGAGAUCCAGACUCUGUUCCGGUUGGAGUAUGGAGAAGUGCACUCUAUCCAAAUUCCCACCCAGCAGGAGAGAAGGAAGUUCUUUGAGAAUCUCAUCCUUAGCCAGGCUGCCAGGGCACCUGCUUCCAAGAAGAAAGCCUUGAUGCAUGCCAUGGAGGUGCUCCCCCUUGCCCCUCCUCCUCCCCCCAGGCAGAUGAGUGAGAGGGAGCGUCUGCGUCUGGAGGAGCAGGAAGAGGACACACUCAGGGAGCUGAGGCUGUUCCUGCGCAACGUCACCGAGCGCCUCUCCCAGGACAAGCGCUUCAAGGCCUUCACUAAGCCUGUGGACAUAGAAGAGGUUCCUGACUAUAUUAAGGUGAUCAGGCAUCCCAUGGACCUCUCCACUGUACUGUCCAAGGUCGACCUCCACAAGUACGUGACCGUCAGGGAGUUUGUCAACGACGUGGACCUGAUCUGGAAGAACGCCCUGGAGUACAACCCUGACAGCGACCCAUCUGAUCGUCAGAUUCGUCACCGGGCUUGUGCCCUGAAGGACACGACCCACGCCAUCAUCCGGGACGAACUGGACGAGGACUUUAACAGGAUCUGUGAGCAGAUCAGAGAGUCACGCAACAAGAGAGGGUGCACGUCAUCAAAGUUCGCCCCCUCUUACUACCAGACCUUGCCCAGAGAGGAAGGGUUCGCAGAGUCCAAGAGGCCAGGUGGUAACACUGGCAAAGACGCCAGCACCCCGUUCACUGCCAACACCCCACGGCCCGCACAGAGGCGUGUGACCCGUGCCAGUAGGACUCUGGUGCAGCAGCAACAGCAGUUGAUCGACGUGGACAAGGCCCUGGAGAUCCUGACCCAGAAGACCCCUCAGCUGGUUGUGGACCACGACAAACUCAAGGAAUUGCUCAAAAGAGCUGUGUCCAAGACUGAGGGUUAUGAGGUGCAUCAGCUGGAGAAGCUCUAUGCGUUGUUGUGUCAGAGCAUCUACAGACACCGCAAGAACUUUGAUAAGACGGAGCUCGUACAGGAAAUGAAGAGAGACAUUGACAACUUUUCCUAA